AUGUCUUUUAUAUCGUUUAAAAGACAGCUAAGCGCGGACUUGGAAAGGCUGUCGUCACGUAACCAUGGCAACAAAUGCACAGCCUACCCAAAAUCUGCUUCCGCAUUUCGCAAAUUGGGAAGCACAUCACAAAACCGGAUUAAACCGGUUCGUAGAACGGAAGCAGGUAUAAGAAACCGGAAUCCCAAACAAGGAUGGGUUCCAGUCCCCCCUCCACCUUCAAGGCUGGAAUUUUUCCCGACAUUUUUAGACGGCAGAACGCAAGGUGAUUGGAUAAGCGACGACGACGAAAUAUUAAGACAUCAACAAAAUUGUUCAUUUACAGUGGACCGAAGUAGGGUAUUUUUACCCGGUACGAAAACUUUACCCAGGUUUUCGUACCUUCGGAACUCGACGCUCCCGGAUAGAACUUCCGGUGGGACUUUGGAUACUAGCAAUUGGCGAAGGGGAUUUAGGACACGGUAUGAAAUACCCGACCGGAGAAAAGAACCUACAGUUCGAUUGGUUGUGAAUCUUCCCAGGACAGACAUGGCUCGGCCUGUUGUAACGUUUUCUUAUAAACAUGGGAAAAUAUGA